CAUUGCUGUUGCUUCCCUCCCCGACGAAUUGCACAACAUCGUGCCUCCCGAGCGAGAGAGGCAGCUAUGCUGGGCAAGGACUACAUGCUGGCCAUCAUCCUGGUCAACUGCGAUGAUAACCUAUGGAAUGACCAGAAUCUGGAAGCAGAGAUUGAUCUUCCUUCAGGAUGGAGGAAAAUCCAUGACUCUUCUGGUACAUACUACUGGCAUGUGCCCACAGGCACCACCCAGUGGCAACACCCCUCUUGCACUUCUGCUCUGGGUCAUGCUGGGGAAGCUGCAUUUCCAGAAACGGACCUUCAGUCUGCUAUGGUGAGAUGUUUGCCAACAGAGAGACUCAUCCCAAGUCCAGUGGCUUCAUUCUCCAAGAGGACAUCACUGGCCUGGCAUGAGGAGGAUCUUCAUCAGGGCAACCCAGAGCCUGGCUCCAAGUGUUUCGUUGUGCGCUCCUUAGGCUGGGUUGAGAUUCCUGAGGAGGACUUGGCCCCAGGCAAAAGCAGCAUUGCAGUGAAUAAUUGCAUCCAGCAACUUUCUCAGAGUAAUUGUGACCAUUGGGGCCCUGCUGACAGAUGGGCUGAGGGCCAAAACAUGGUGAUGAUCCUCAAGGAGGACACAAUGAACUUAGUGGAUCCUUUGGACCACAGCCUCAUCCACUGCCAGCCCAUCAUCAAUAUCCGUGUUUGGGGUGUAGGCUGCAACAAUGGCAGGGAUUUUGCUUUCGUGGCCAGUGACAAGGACACGUGUGUGCUGAAGUGCCAUGUCUUCCACUGCAAUGUGCCUGGCAAGGCUAUUGCCAAAGCCCUGCAUGAAAUGUGCUCCAAGAUUAUGGCUGAGCAAGCAGUGGCAAGUAGCAGCCUCACUCGAUCCGUCACCCUUGAAUCUAUCUCUCCAAAUGACAUAUCUCUGCAAGCUGACAUAUUGGAUGCUGUGAGAGAGUCUAUCCAGAAAUACAAAGCUUUCUAUAUCGGCAGCUUACCAAUAUCUAAAUCUAUGGGGAUUGAUGUGCUAAAUAAUGCCAUUGAAACUCUGAUGGGCAGCCGUAACCGUGAGCAGUGGAUUGAAGCUGUGAUUAGUGUUUCAGACUCAGUGAUGCAAGCAGAUCAGACUGAAGCUGAGGAGGAGGAAGAUUCCUGCAUUUGGGAAUGCCAAGUCCGUUAUGUGACUUUUAUUGGGAUUGGGAGAGACGCCCACACAUUUGGACUCAUUGCUGACAUGGGGAAACAACAUUUCCGGUGCACGGCCUUUUGGUGUGAACCAGAUGCUGGAACUAUUUCAGAAGCAGUGCAGGCUGCAUGCAUGGUUCAGUAUCAAAAGUGCUUAGUGGCUUCUACAUCACGAAUGAGAUCAAAAAGUGGUUCACACUCCAUCAUGAAGCUGAAAAGGACAAUGUCACUCGACUCACCUGUAUGUCCGUUUCCCAUCACAGGACCCUCCUUGCAGAAAACCAGCAGUGGGGCCAUGACACGCAAGAGGGGAGUGUUCUCUUUCUUUGAAACAUUCCGCCAGAAACAUUCCAUGCUGCACACUCCCUAAGAUGGAAACAAAGUCUGGUGGCCCCAGAUGACACUUAAUGACAAUGUCCUUUGAUGUCCAGGCUAAGAAUGUAAAUAGCAUAAUUUUGUCUGUUAACAUCUUUCACUGAAGUGAAAACAGCCAAUACAUCCAAACAAGACAGAUUCUGGAGAUGCUAUGCAUAUUUCUUCCAGCCCUUUGCUAUAUAGAUGCUGUAAGGAAGAGGCAAGCUUGUUGC